UGAUAAAAUGUUCACCAGUAUAACACGUUCUAAAUAGAGAUUAUCCAUAUUCUAAAGUUUAGAAGAUAGACAAUAGCUACACCAGAUGAUCAUCUCUGCCAUCUGGUGAUUUAGAAUUUGGACAAAUAACCAUGUUCUAAUCAUCUCACACAGUCAUAAUUCCACACAUGUUAGCUGCGGCGCUGUUUUCCCUGGGGCUUUUGAGUUGUCAAGGCGCUUGGCAAUUUUUUAUAACAAAUUACUGAAACAUUUCUGACAGCAGAAAUUUGGUUGAAAGUUUUGUCGGUAGCCGUUCAAGUUCAAAGCGAAAGGUAAGUUAUUUUGCAUUCGUUUUUUUAUAAAUCUACAUUCACUUAGUCUUCUGGAACGGUAGACUGCAGUAUUUUUUUUCUAGGCCUGAUGAUAAUAUGUUUUGAAACGAAUUAUUGUUUAGGUACAAAUUAGGCCUUAUCUAAUCGUUUUCGAAACUUUUUUGCGUUUGAAUUUUCGUUAUUUGGCUCCUUUCUAAACCUCUAUACACUUUCUUAUAGAAAAUGAAUUCAGGAACAAAAAGGAGCGAAAAUUAUUGUUUGAUGACAGACAACCAAAAACAAAUCUUGGUUCAAUAUUUCAAUGAUGGCAUGAGAUCGACUUUGGACACGGAAAAGAUAAGCGAAGCAUCCAAAGUAGCUGGUUUAUCAGUCCAAAGAGUAAAGAAAUGGAUUGGGAAUCACAAAGCAAAAGAAAUUAGAAAGGCAAGUAGGGGAGAAGAAGAUCCAGGGGAAGAUAAUGAGGCGGAAAAGAAAAGAUUCAAAGGGGAGAGGAAAAUUUCAGCCAGGUCCAUGUUCUAUCGCAAUUUGUCAAGAGAGGGAAGGUUGAAAGGAUUCAAGAACAAUGCAGAAAGAAACAAGUUUUUUGCAAGAGAAUGGGAACUGGCUGACAAUGAAAUAAAAAAGACAAUGGAAGAGGAGGCUGAGAAGUUUAAUAGAUAUGAAUUAAAUGAAAUGAAUGAAGAAGAGAUGGCUUUUCUAGUGAAACAACACAAGAAAAAACUACUGCAUCAGAUAUCUACCCUGGAAAGUCUUGGAGUAGAAAUGUCCAUCAUGUUACUUGAUGGGCCUAAACUUGAAAAUUUUGGAUCAGCUAGAGGCUUGGCUUUCUUGUAUGCACACCCAUCUCUCAAUGCAGAUUUUAAAAAGUUUUAUGAUGUGGGCGAUGAGAAUGAAAAGAAGACCUAUACAUACAAGGAUUUACAAGCCGUGUUUAACGAAGCUUACGCUGAAGCAGUAAAAAUUGACAAUGCCAGAGUACCAUACUUGAAUGGCGCCUUUGAAAUAGAAGGACUUCCUGAAGGUAUCAACUGGAGAAAAGCAAAUGGCAGCAUAAAAAAACCGACAGAUUAUGGUCAUGGUCAGAUACAAAAGAUCAUGGAAAAUCACAAGAAAAUAAAAUUUCUUGUAAAAAUCAAUGAAUCACAAGGAGCAGGGAUCGGUGUGAAAGACAAGGAAAUAGAGAUUCCCCCAUGUCUUUUGAAGCUCGUGGAUGCAGAUGUCGCAGAAAGAGCUCUGAAUGGUAAUGGGAAAAUUUCUCAAAACGAUCUUAAUGUUAUUGUCAAGUUACGAGACGAGGAAUCAAGACUAUUGCUGCAACAGUUUGGCCACUUCUUUGAUGAAAGUGCCAUAAAUAGCCUACUUAGUACUUUGUCCCUUGAAAGAGGGGUUAUUCUUCCAAUUUACACAAAAAGAAAAGGCAAGUUCUGGCUUUUCUAUUAUGAAGGGAAUAUUUCUGAGAUUGAUAAUGCAGAAAUGGAGGCAUCCAUCCCAGGAAAAUGGUUAGACAACAAAACUGGAAAUAGAUACAAACUUUUGCCACAGCCAACCUCAAUUAAGAAGUUGAACAUAGUUUCCGAUAAAGAUGGCUUGUUGUUGUUUUUCUGUCAUUUCUUUGAGGAUGAUGAUGACAUUGUUGAAGUCAAGAGUGACUUUGUGAAAGAUGUACAGAUGUCUUUAAAAGCGUUAUCUGAUUAAAUUUGUUAGUCUCAAAUGAUAUGUUGAAACAUUUUUGUAACCAAUUGAUCUUACUAUUUGUUACCUUAUUAAUUAAUAAAUUAAUAAUUAAUAACCUUUUUCAAAUGUAAUGAAUAUAAAUGUACAGAUAUUAAAACACAAAACACUAACAUUGGUUAUUCGUCAAGUCGUUACUGAACAUCGAGGAACGAGAUCCUAAUUGCCUUUGCGUGUGCCAGUUUUUACUAACUUACAACCUUUUAGUAAUUCUAGCAGACAAUAUGUUUUGUUAACAUCUGCAAAGCUCAGAAAGACACUUCUUUGUUGAUAAAGAAAAAGUCAUUUUGACAAGAAUUGAAGGAGAAAGGUCCAAGG